AUGCUUUUAGAAAAGUUGCAGGCCAUCCAGGGCAGCUUGUUCAAGGAAUCAUGUUCAACGUUUCAAUUGAUGAUAUACGCUGUGACAAGUAUCGUAGUGUAUGUGUUGUACCGUCACUUGAAAUUAGCUUACCUCGGUAGAAAACUCAAAGCUGCACCAGCGCCCAGUCUUCCCUCAGCUGGAUUCUUCAACAGCAGACCUGCAAUCACUGUUUUGAAAUACAAAAGGGAAGGGCGUCUUCUUGAAUUCUUAUGGGGUCUUUUCUAUGGCGACAAUGAGAAUUUCUCUGUCAGAAUUGGUGGCAAAACCCUCUUUGCGACAAGUGACCCUGAAAAUAUUAAGGCUCUCUUGGCUACUCAAUUCAAUGACUUUGAGCUAGGUGUGCGUCAUUCCCACUUCAAGCCACUUUUGGGAGAUGGUAUCUUUACAUUGGAUUACGAUGGUUGGAAACACUCAAGAGCGCUUUUGAGACCCAACUUCUCGAGAGAAAAAAUUGGCCACACCAAAGCAUUAGAAAGCCAUGUCCAAGCACUUUUCUACCACGUUAAGGCCACAAAUGGUGCACCUUUUGAUAUUCAGAAUUUGUUUUUCAAGAUCACAGUAGACACCGCCACCGAAUUUUUGUUUGGCCACUCUGCCCAUUCAUUGCGUGAUGGCACUCUGGAACAAUUUGAGGAGCAAUUUGAGGGAGAACGUGACUUUUACAGAGCAUUCAAUUGUGCUCAGGAAACCUUAGCCUCUAGAGCAUGGUUGCAACAGUGGUAUUGGCUCAUUUGUCCCAGAUCCUUUUUGGAUAACUGUAAAGUCGUGCACAAUUUUGCUGACUUUUACGUCAACAAAGCUCUUUCAAUGUCUCCAGAAGAGGUAGAGAAGAAAAGUGAAACUUCGUACACCUUCUUGUAUGAACUUGUAAAGUCCACAAGAAAUCCAAGGGCGUUGCGUGAUCAAUUGUUGAACAUUAUGAUUGCUGGAAGAGAUACAACUGCAGGAUUAAUGUCGUUCACCAUGUUUGAGCUUGCCAGAAAUCCUGACGUGUGGGAAAAGCUUAAGCAAGAGAUUCAUGAACACUUUGGAUCUGGAAAAGAAGCAAGAACUGAAGAUAUGACAUUUGAGACCUUGAAAAAGUGCAAUUAUUUGAAGAAUGUUAUCAAUGAGGUUUUGAGAUUGUACCCGAGCGUACCAGUCAACUACCGCUUUGCAAACAAGAAUACAACAUUGCCAAGAGGUGGUGGAAAAGAUGGUUCAAAACCUGUUCUUAUUGAGAAAGGUGAGUGCAUUGGUUACCUCAUUGUCUGCACGCAUAGGAACGAGAAAUACUUCGGAAAAGAUGCGCAUGUCUUUAGACCAGAAAGAUGGGAUGACAAGUCAUUAAAGCCAGGUUGGGCUUACCUUCCAUUUAACGGUGGACCCAGAAUCUGUUUGGGACAACAAUUCGCAAUCACAGAAGCUUCCUACAUUAUCAGUCGUAUCGCUCAAGAAUUCCCUAAUCUUCGUGAUUGCAACGUUGAACCAAUGAAAUAUCCUCCACGCAUCACUUCUCAGCUCACCAGUUCAGUCAGUGCUGGCUGUUGCGUUUCAUUGACCUAG